AUGACUUACCUCACAUACGUUGGUGACAUCGCUCUAACCCGACUCCAGGAAACCGACGAAAAAGUGUUUCCAGGUUUCGACAACGAGCAGGACAAUAGCGGUAUCGUAGAAACAAGAGCUUUCACCAACCAAAAUGCUGCGCACAACAUUCGAUACGACCAUUCCCCCAAAGGCCACGGAACGAAAGUAGCGUCCAAAAUCGUUGGGCAGUGGGGAACCGCAAAGGGAGCGACACUGGUGCCGGUGCAGGUCAAACCGGGCGGAGACGAUAUUGACAACGGGUUCGAAAGGAUUUUUGCAGAUGUAAGCAGGCGGCGCAAGAAAAUACCAGGGUUCCAAGCUGUUGUCGUUAUGAGCAGCGGCACGGAACGCGCCGUCGCAGACAAUGGCCACAAGGGCUACACACGAGAAGAAGCAGAGAACGAUUACAGAGCAAAGCGACAGAUUCUCUGGAUAAAGCAGUUAUUCAGUUACGGGGUCCCCGUGGUGCUCGCUUCUGGUAAUGAAGCCGAAACUGAAGGCCGAAAAGUCAUCGACAAUUUCCCCCAGGUCUUGGAGACAGAUGACUUUCCCAUUAUCAACGUCGGAGCUGCCACGCUUGCAGGCAAAGCUGCACCUUUCUCGCAAGGCCUGGGUACCCAGCCAGAUCCAGAGAAGCGCACACAGCUGACCAUCUACGGUGUUGGAGUGGAUGUCGACGUCCACGAUCAAUAUGACGGUGCAGCAACGCAGGAUUCGGGUACGUCGUUCGCUGCACCGGCGGUGGCAGGCAUUAUUGCUACACACAUGAACUACGAAUCCUGGGACCAGAGCAAGCAAGGACCCGACCGAGUGAAAGAAAUCAAGAGAUGGAUAACCACGCCUGAGUCGAGCUGGGAGCGUGCCAAAGAUCCCGACAAGCAAGUCAACAUGAUCUGGAACGGCGCCGACAAAGCAGCCCACGGCAGCGUCUCCAACAACCAGUCGCCCAGCCCAUCCCCUCAACCCCAAAAGCGCACCUUUGCCGUCGGCCUCGAACAAACCAAGACCCCAGAAUGUUCCAGCGUCAUCUCUAACCCUGAUUGGCCCCCACAUGACAGCUGCGAUUUCAAAUACGAAAACCGAUACUUCUUCUACCGCCUCGACGACAACAACCAGGAACCCGACAGCCUGUGCACCUCUCUACUCAACGACUUUCACCAAGACGACCAAGGCGUAACGACCGACGAGAACCUCUUCGAGCAUCCGACGUGGCCGGCGGGAGAGUGGACCCUGAAUCUCUUCGGCGAGGAAUAUGUCUAUAGGAAUGAUGGGCAGAGUCCGGGGGCGCUGUUUAAGGGCGAGCAGCAGAUUGGUUGCACGGGUGAUCUGGAAAAUCAUGAUCCUCUGUCGGAUGAGUUGUGUGAGAACAGUCUGACCAAGGAAGAUGGGAGGAAGAGGAAACGGAGACGGCUGGUUGGUUGCACUUGGUGA